UUGGGCAUCCCUGUCGUUGAGAGACAACAAUUAGUAUUGCCGUCACGUUAAAAAGAGAUAGUUAAAAAACACUAGAUUUGUGCAAAAUUUUACCAAAAAAUAUUUAACAAAUAACUUCUUAUAUUGUUCCGUUUUAUUUUACACAAAAAGAACAAUCAUCGACAAAAAUUAACCAGAAUGGCUGAUAUGGCAGUAUCCCGCAUCAAAAGGGAGUUCAAAGAAGUUAUGCGAAGCGAUGAGAUCGUUCAGUGUUCAAUUAAAAUCGAAUUGAUUCACGACGAUUGGACACAGCUGAAGGGAGAAAUCGCUGGACCGCCAGAUACACCCUAUGAGGGUGGGAAAUUUAUUCUUGAGAUUAAAGUACCCGAGACUUAUCCAUUUAAUCCGCCCAAGGUUCGAUUUAUAACAAAAAUCUGGCAUCCCAACAUAUCUUCAGUGACCGGAGCUAUAUGUCUGGAUAUAUUGAAAGACAACUGGGCGGCAGCGAUGACCCUACGGACGGUUUUACUUUCAUUGCAAGCACUAUUGGCUGCGGCUGAACCCGAUGAUCCCCAAGAUGCAGUUGUAGCUUCACAAUAUAAAGAAAAUCACCCUCUUUUUGAAAUCACUGCAAGGCAUUGGACAAAUGCGUAUGCCGGAGGUCCUCAUAAAUUUACUGAUAUUGAUGCUAAAAUCCAGCGUCUCAAAGACAUGGGUAUAGACGAACACGAUGCCCGAGCUGUAUUAUCAAAAGAAAACUGGGAUCUAGAAAAAGCAACUGAAUACUUAUUCAGAUAGCUCGACAAACGAAGUUCUUAAAAUAACUCAUCAUGUUCAACGUAAAAAAUGACUUUAAAUAGAACUCGAACAACUCCAUUCUCUUCAAAAACAAAAAAAAAAUAAAAAACAAAACAGGAACUUAAAAAGAAAAUCCUGUUAUUUAUUAAAAUAAUUAAUUAAUUUACCAUCUUAUUUGCUAAACCAAUUUUUUUUGUUUUUGUUUUUUUAAUACCCCUAAAUUGAUUUUUUUAAAUGUUAUCGUUAUUGUUGAGGUGAAACCGAAAAGUGUUAUUCAAUAUUUUAUUUAAAAUUUUCAGCUAAAAAAAACCCAUAGUACCUUUUUUAGAAAAUGCAGUAAUUACCGAAACAAA